UGAGCCUUUAUGCCACAUUAGAGUUGUAAAGUGUUGCAAUAUAUAGAUGGUCUCUAUGAAAGACAAGCUGACAUCAAAUACCUUAGAUGUGUCUUUUUGUGUUAGUCAGAGUAAGUUCCAUGUUUAAAGGUUACUAUGAGAAAUUUUAAGGCCACUAACAAAGUAUUGAGGAUAUUUUGAUUCAGGAAUCUGAACAUCUUGUAAAUUAUUUUUUCAUAGUAUUUCUGUAUUCGAAUGUAAAGUUUCAAUGACUAACAACAGUUCUCUUGAUGCUGGUAAAUCUUCAGGGCGACUGAUCAAUGACCGAGUGAUUUUCAUUCAAGUGUUGGUUGCUGUUCUUCUUUGCAUUAACUUGACGCUAAUUCUAACAUUUUUUAUGAAGGAAAUCUUCUACACAAAUAUGCGCUACAUUUUGUUUGCCAAUGCAUUAUUUUCUGAUUGCAUAAAUAUAAUAAUGACAAAUGUGAUGCUGCUCUUUUUCAAUUUUUCUGUCCCUGUACAAUCAUGGUCAUGUAUUUUCUUUUGCCUCCUGCCGUCUUUGUGUAAUUAUGUCACUCCUCUGACUCUGACAGCGAUGAGCCUGGAGCGCUAUGUGGCUGUCUGCAUGCCACUGCGUCAUGCAGAGCUGUGCACUGCAGGCAGAGCCCUGCAGGUCAUCCUCAUCAUUCACAGCCUCAGCAUCAUACCCUACAUUGUGGUUCUUAUAAUCUUCUUUUCCUCAGUCACCUUUAGCUUCUUCACACAACACAUCAUCUGCUCUGUGGAUGCUUUAAUUUUGCACAGGUGGCAGGGUCAUGUAAGGUCUGCGAUCAGUCAGUUUUACUUCCUGAUCAUGUGUAUCCUCAUCGCUUUCUCCUAUGUUCAAAUAAUAAAAGUGGCCAAAGCUGCAUCUGGAAACAACAAAGAGUCGACACGAAAAGGACUCAGAACUGUGAUCCUUCAUGCUUUCCAGCUGUUUCUCUGUCUCAUCCAGCUGUGGACCCCCUUCAUUGAAGCUGCUGUUCUUCAGAUUGAUUUCAGUUUAUUUAUAAACGUCAGAUACAUUAACUAUAUUCUGUUUAAUCUUUCUCCUCGGUGUCUGAGUCCUCUUAUCUACGGCCUGAGAGACGAAACGUUUCUACUUGCGCUGAAGCAAUAUGUGUUCUGCUGUCCGUUUAUAGACACAGUAAAACGUUAACAAACUGAAGAACCUGAAAUUUAUUGAACAUAGAUGUGAAUGUGAUUCACGAUGGAUACAUGUUCAAAUAUUUUGCCUGAAUUGUCAGCAGAGUUGUUG